UGUUGUGAACACAUAAUCAUAUAUCAUUCAUAUCAUCUAUGCUCUCUCUAUUUCCUCUCUUUAUUUUAUCUCACUCUCACCUGUGGUUCUUUCUCCAUUUUACUCUUCAGUUCAAUUAGAACCACGAAACAAAUAACAUUGUAAUAAAAUAUUAUUUCUAUUCUUUAAGUAAACCCAAAUAAAGUCUAUUACUUUGAGUUUACAACAGU